CACUGAUGAAAACUGAUGUGCAGAUUUCACUUGCAGAGACAUCAGUUUACAUCAAUAAUAAAUGGUUCUGCUCAGGGGCGGACUGACGACUCAUGGGGCCCCCGGGCAAUAGGGGAUCAUGGGGCCCCUGUGUCCUUGCCCAAACUCAAAAAAGCCUAUGAAAAAGGUACCAGGGGCAUCUCAUGGGGCCCCCUACUGACCGCGGGCCCUCAGGCAGUGCCCGAGUUUCCAAAUGGUCAGUCCGCCCCU